CUGCUGCGUUCCUACAGCACUAAAGCAGAGCACUACAGCUGCCGAGCUAAAACGGAAUAAAAUGUCAGCCACCAAGGAGAAAGCGACCAUGCUAGAGACUGAAGGAAGAGACAGUGAAAAGACAGAGUAAGAGAAUCUUCACAGAUCCUGCCUGGUACCGCUGGGUUAGCUGAUCUUCAUAGCUCUCUGCUACCUUCAGCCUGAAAACAGAACCAGUCAAUAAUCUUACUCCAGAAAAAUGAAGCUAUUCUGAGAGGCUGCCAGACAUACGCGCUCAGCGAAGAUUCUGGCAGAGGGAUAGAGAACUGAGCUAACCUGAAAGGAAGAUUUGGGGUCUCCAACUGCCUUGUUACCUGCUCUGAUCAGAUGAUGGAGAGCUCAGGAGGGCCGUAUUUGAACACAGCAGCAGUGGCAUCCCCGGUGGGAAUAGCCCGUUUGUUGCAAGUGGCGUUUGGAUGUACUACGUUCAGCCUGGUGGCCCAUCAGGGGGGAUUUAGUGCAGCCUAUGGCACCUUCUGCAUGUUCGUCUGGUGUUUCUGUUUUGCUGUCACCAUCUUUAUAAUAACCUGUGAGUUCACUCGUCUCCACAGCUGCCUGAGCAUCUCCUGGGGAAAUUUCACAGCUGCUUUUGCCAUGCUGGCCACACUCAUGUCCAUCACUGCGGCUGUGAUCUACCCGCUCUAUUUUGCCCAGUUUGGCUGUUAUUCCAUCAGUUGCAAGGUGAGAGAUUUCCGCAUAGCAGCCAGUGUCUUUGCAGGGCUCAUGUUCAUUGCUUAUGCUGUGGAGGUGUUUCUAACCAGAGCCAAGCCAGGACAGGUGACCAACUACAUGGCCACAGUAUCUGGCCUCUUGAAAAUUGUCCAGGCCUUUGUGGCCUGCAUCAUCUUUGGGGCACUGGUAAAUGACAGUCAGUACACCAAUUAUGUGGCUACCCAAUGGUGUGUGGCUGUCUAUGGCUUCUGCUUUGUGGUGACAGUGGUGGUAGUGGCCUUCAAUGUUACGGGAAGGACAGCAAUGCUGCGGUGCCCCUUUGAGCGCUUUGUGGUCAUUUACACAUUCAUGGCCAUCCUCAUGUAUGUGAGUGCAGCAGUGAUCUGGCCAGUGUUCUGCUUUGAUAGUAAGUAUGGGUCCCCAUGGCGCCCCUACCCGUGCUCCCAGGGCAAAUGCCCCUGGGACAGCCAACUGGUGAUUGCUAUAUUUACUUAUGUGAACCUGGUGCUUUACAUUGUGGACUUGGCAUACUCUCAACGUAUCCGCUUUGUCUCACACCCUUAAAUUCCAAUGCUGCCCCUGCAAAGCCAUCAGGGCUCAAGCAACAACAGAGUUGUUGGAGACAGGGGUUACAGAAAGUAGCUGCUGAGCCAGACACACCAAUAAAUGUAACAAACUUCAAGGUUAAGACUGGACCAGUAAAUGAACAAGAUGUAAUGGGUGGGCAGCAGAUGAGUCUGGAAAGAAGACAACAACCUUUCUUACCCUUCAACAUUUGCUUCAUCCCUUCUGUAUAGGGGAAAGGAAUAGCAUAGCAAACUGGAUAGUAUCCUUGCAUCUCCACCAAACACCCUCUCUGGUCUCCUAUAGCAUGGCUCAGGAUUUCAGGGUUACACCCAAUGGAAACUGCUCUUCAUCCAAAGGAAUUCCCAGUCCAGCAAGAAACCAAAGCAGUUUGUUUUUAUUCAGAUACUUGUGCAGAAUGUGUGUGAAUCUAUUAGGAGGUCAGAUUAGAAGCCACAAAUAAAAAUGACACAUUGUCAAAAGUAACUGUGUUUAAUUGGAAAUAAAGUCACAGGGUAACCUUACAAUGCAGAUCCAUACACUCCCACCUUCCCCUCCCCAGAUACAGCCUCCCCAACGUUACCUUUCCCACCAAAAAUACACCAGCAGACACUCCUCUUCUAUUUCCCCCCCAACACAGAUUUCUACGCAUACCUUCCCUCGUUCCCAAAAAAGCACAGCCUAUGGUUUAUAUUUUAAUGUAUAAAGUGUGUGCUGUCUAACAUAACUUAGGGUGGGUGUACAAAAUCUAAUAGUCAAGUCCACUGAGCACCAUGUUCUGUACCAGGGUCUCUAAAGAUCCCAGCUGUUCUCUCUCUCUCAGAAGAAGGUGCAAUCUGGAAGGAAGGAACCAUUUCACAGUGUCUCAAUGUAUAUCAUGGAGUUUGGGCAGCUAAAGAAAAACUAUAUGGGAGAUGUUGGGUGAUUCUGCUGCUCUCUCUCCAGGUUAGAAGCAACCAUUUUGGCUACGAACCCCAGGGACAAGCUUUAUCAAGCCCAAGACAGAGAGCUGCUCCCACAGUCAAACAAGAAAAUGCAUGAAAGACAUUUCCCAAAAGGGUUUUCACCACACUAGGGAGCAAUAGACAAAAGACUUCCAGGGGAUUUUCCUCCUGCACAGAUUCCCAUCUUGGACAGGAGCUCUAAAAGAGAAUGAGUGGCUCUAUCGGAAGGCAUCCAGCUACAUGGAGCCAGCCAGCUCAAUGGGACAAUAGUAAUAGAAAGAGACCAAAACUAUGUAGUGUGACAGUACCAGAUAACUAGGGGUGUUUUAUGGAUUGCAUGAAUAAAACGUCAAAUGUGGAAGUGCAUUUAUCUCACUUAAUUAAAAGUGGACAAAAGUAGUCAUGGUACAAAACUAUUCAAAGAAAUAUUCAAUUGGUAUUAUAUUUUUAACUCUAUCACCCACCAAAUAAAAAAAAGUUGUUCACACCCCAUCUAGUCUAGGUUUUACUGAAAGUAUUUAAGUAUGUUUCUUUUGUUGGUGUUUAUUGAAUGGACUUGGCCCACAUGCUGGGAAAGGUGUGGAACUCUCUACAGGAAUUAUUGGCUUGCUUUCUAAAAAGUGCAAGUGAAAAAAAGUACUGUCUCUUUAAGACAACAUGUCUUUGAGGAAUCUGCAGUGGAUAUAAAAGGCCUGGCAGGAGCCCAGGGAGUUGGUCACCAGUAACAGGUGUCCAGCAAGCAGGUGCUGUUUAUUGCUGGAGAUGACAUCACUAAGUGCUGUGUGCAGUGAGGCCUGACUGCAGAGGCACCUGUGACACUCUGUACCUCGGGGGAACACCCUUCACCCCCAUGUUCAUGUUUAUAAAAUGACUGUGUGGUAUCCAAUUCAAAGUUUGUCAUGUUGGGUGUCUUUGGAAGGCCCAUAAUGCACUGAGCAUGGUUGUUAUAGUGAUGUUAUAGUAAUUGUUACAGUAAUGUUAUAGUAAGGUUACAGGUUAUAAUUUCACGUAUAUAGUUAUGAGGCUGAAAAUGUAUCCUCAUGGCUUAAAGCAAGCCCACGCAAAAACUCUCCAAGAACAGAGAGGCAGUUCACACCUCCUCAGGGCAAGGAUGAGACAAACCCAGCCCAGCCUCACAGGAACAACGGACACUGGCUUAGGCAGCAACAAAAGAAUCUGUUAGACCCUCAAGGGAGUCACCCCCUUCCUUUGAGCAGUUUGGGACUGCGAUGAGGUAAUGCUCACCUGACUCUGAAGGGGGUGGGCAAAGCCAAGAGGGAAGAAAGGACAUGAUAAAAGGGAGAGAUAUUUUGCCAUGCUCUCUCUCUUCCACCUACAUCUACAGACACCACCACCAAGCAACUGAAAUGCUGAUCAAAGAGGAGAGCCUGACUGAAAAGUAACCAACCAGCCUGUGGUGAGAAGCAUCUAAGUUUUUAAGGACACUGAAAGUGUUAAGAUCAGCUUAGAAUGUGUUUUGCUUUUAUUUCAUUUGACCAAAUCUGACUUGUUAUGCUUUGACUUAUAAUCACUUAAAUCUACCUUUAUAGUUA